AUGCCGUGCGUCAGCUCAUAUGUGGAGCCGAUGGUGAAGACGUCUUGUAGUGUCACCUCAGUGGUGGAUAGAGUUGAAUUGAUGGUAGAUCAAAUCCUUACCGAGUUCAGGCUGAAAAAAGAAGAGCUAAAAGAGAUCAUGAAUAGGAUGCAGCGAGAGAUGGACAGAGGAUUGCGUUUGGAGACACACGAAGAAGCUAGCGUCAAAAUGCUGCCCACUUACGUUUGCUCCACUCCAGAAGGAUCAGAGGUGGGAGAUUUCUUGGCUCUGGACCUGGGGGGGACCAACUUCCGUGUGAUGCUGGUCAAGGUGGGAGCAGACGAGGAGAGGAGCUGGAAGGUGGAGACCAACAACCAGAUGUACUCCAUUCCUGAAGAUGCCAUGACAGGGACAGCUGAGAUGUUGUUCGACUACAUCGCCGAGUGCAUGUCAGACUUUUUGGACAAGCAUAAUAUCAAGCACAGGAAGCUUCCUCUGGGUUUCACUUUCUCCUUCCCAGUGCGCCACGAGGACCUGGAUAAGGGAAUCCUUCUCAACUGGACCAAAGGUUUCAAGGCUUCUGGAGCCGAGGGAAACAAUGUUGUAGGUUUACUCAGAGAUGCUAUCAAGAGACGAGGGGACAUUGAGAUGGAUGUGGUCGCCAUGGUGAAUGACACAGUAGCCACCAUGAUUUCAUGCUACUAUGAGGACCGCAGCUGUGAAGUCGGCAUGAUUGUUGGUACAGGUUGUAAUGCUUGCUACAUGGAGGAGAUGAGGACGGUGGAGCUGGUGGAAGGCGAGGAGGGACGCAUGUGUGUGAACACAGAAUGGGGGGCGUUUGGAGACAACGGUGAGCUGGAGGAGUUCCGGCUGGAGUAUGACAGAGUGGUGGACGAGACCUCCAUCAACCCAGGACAGCAACUCUUUGAGAAGCUGAUCAGUGGGAAGUACAUGGGCGAGCUGGUGAGGCUGGUCAUGAUGAAGCUAGUCAACGAGAACCUGCUGUUUAACGGCGAGGCCUCGGAGGUACUGAAGACCCGCGGCAGCUUUGAGACGCGUUAUGUCUCGCAAGUGGAAAGUGAUUCAGGGGACAGGAAGCACAUUUACAACAUCCUGUCCUCACUCGGUGUGCUGCCCUCCGAGUUGGACUGCGACGUUGUACGUCUGGUCUGCGAGAGCGUCUCCACUCGUUCUGCGCACAUGUGCGGUGCGGGCUUGGCGGGUGUCAUCAAUUUGAUGAGAGAGCGACGCAGCCAAGAUGCCCUGAAGAUCACCGUGGGAGUUGAUGGCUCCGUUUAUAAGCUACACACCUGUUUCCGGGACAGAUUCCACAAAAUUGUCAGGGAGCUCACACCACACUGUGAGAUCACUUUCAUCCAAUCAGAGGAGGGUAGCGGGAGGGGGGCAGCGCUCAUCUCAGCAGUGGCCUGCAAGAUGGCGGCGUGUAUGCUGACACAGUGA